AUGGAGGGGUACCACGGCGCUGAGUGCAACAGGGCGUCUGAGACCUCGUCUUUCAUAGAGGAUGAAGAAGAAGAGGAAGAAGAGGAGGAAGAGGAAGAGGAGGAAGAAGAAGAAGCUGUGAACCCGGAGGAAGCAGAGGAGCUGACUAACAGUUUAAAAGAUCUUAUCCAAAGUGAAGAUGUGAAACCCAAGCUGCAGUACAUCAUGACUAACCCUUCCUUUUCUAUGGUAACAGUUCAAAGUGAAGACAGUGGAAUAACCUGGGAAACAAGCUCAAGCAGAUGUUCUACUCCUUGGACCUCAGAAACUAGUACAACUUCUGAUCUUUACAGUAUGGAAAGUUCACCAGUAGGUUCUCCUCCAGGAAAAGUUAUCUUUAUUAUGAAUGAAGGUAAGAUCAUUCGGAAAAGGAAGCACAAAUCUUCAGGUAGGGUGCCGAUGGCUACAAGUAUGAAGGGACGUCAGGGCACUAAAAAACGUGACUCUUCUGGAAUGCAGAGGCAAGAACCAAGAACUGUUCUAGGAGAUGUGCAGGCCUCUGUGUUGAACGUUGAACAGGUGGAAGCACAAGACACAGAUGAGGAAAUGCUGGAUGACAAAGAAGAUCUAGAAAACAUCGCAGAAGAGCCAGUAAAACGUGCUCCAAUAAGAUCAAUAUUUAGAGAGAGUAGGCUGAGAAAAGUAGGGCCAGUCCUUGGAGGACCAGUACAAGCUAGAAUCCAGCUGUUCAACUCAAUUUUUGGAGGAACUGGUCCAGCUCCUGAAACAUUGGAGAAAACCAGAAUCCAGAGAAGUGGCUCAGUUUCAGGAGAUUCUGAAGAGUUCCUUGAAACAUCAGUAAAAGAAAGAUUGCAGAAGUUCAGUUCAUUUUCAGAAGCAACACAUCCAAAAGCUUUCAAGAGAGUAAGAAAUAGAAAUCUUGAAACACCAUCAGAGAGAAGGGAGCAAAGACAACAACCCACAGCACUUGAAAAUGAAGGCUAUUCUUCACCACCACCAUCUCUUGAAAAACGACUUACUAAUAAAGAUGAUGUUUCAUCUGAAAAUAUUAAACCUAUUAAAAUGAAAGAUAAACCAAGCAGAUUUUCAAGAUUUGGUGCAGAAACAACUCUUCAACAUGAAGAGAGAAAAGACAGACAAUCUCUUUUGGAGACUCUAAAUCAGGUAUUGGGACAUUCACUGAAGUCCUGCCCUCCUGAAGAAGCCAGAAAGCAGCAAAGUUAUUCACCUGUGGCCAAAACCUCAAUAACAGAGCUAACAACCUCCAUUUCAUUAGAGUCUCAUGAUAAAUCAGAGAAACAAGUGCUCAAGAAACCAGACCAAUCCAUGCUGACAGGAUCAGAUCAUCUGGAUGAACCAAAGGAGCAGGAAGUUCAGCCCAAUUCUGCACCACAGUCUGUUUCAGCAGGGUUUGUUAAUGAGAUAGAUAGACAGAGUACCCAACCUAUUUUGCCUACAGCACCCAUGUCAGAACAUCCUGAGAGGGAAGCACAGAAGUCAACAGUUCAGUCUUACUUACCUAAUGUUCCAUCAGCUAAAUCCAAAUAUUCUGCUCUGUCUGAAACAAGACAGGGGGAUAUUAUUCCUCAGUCAUCAGAAACUGCACAAUCUGAGCCUGAACACGUGCUUUUACCACAUUCUGUAGGUGAAACAGAGAAGCAAUGGACAGAGUGUCACUCAACAACAACUGCACUGUCGGAAACUGGGCCUUCAGGUCUACUGCAUUCUGCUAACAAAAAAGAGAAUCAAAAGAUCCCACCACUGGAAACCCAAAAUGUUCACUUAGAGAAGCAAACAAAGUCCAAACAAGACUUUUCCUCCUCCCUUCAGGAAACAGAGGAGCAAGGAAUUAAACUAAAUUUACCUAUUCCUGAAAAGGUAGAUUCUAAAUAUUUCAGCAUUUCAUAUCCUAUUCGCACAGAAACAGAAGAAACUCAGAAAACUUCAGCUAUAAAUAAAGCAGUAUGUUUGGGUCACUCUGAUUUUUCCAUUGAAAAAAACAAACAAUCAGAGAGUGCACAAAUGGAGAUGGAGCAUGCAGAUUUCUCAUAUUCCAGCAAAGAAAUUGGGGAAUCAGAGAGAACACAGAUGGAGACACAGCAUCUGGACUUCUCUUUUUCCAAGGAAGAAACAGAGGAAUUGGAGGGUGCACAGAUGGAGAUGGAGCAUCCAGACUUUUCUUUUUCCAGGGAAGAAAUGGAGGAACCAGGAAGUGCACAACUGGACACAGAACAUCCAGAUUUCUCGUAUGCCAGGGGAGAAAUGGAGGAAUUGGAGAGUGUGCAACUGGAGACCAAGCACCCAGAUUUAUCAUAUUCCAAGGAAGAAAGAGAGGAAUCGGAGAGUACAAAACUGGAGACAGAAUAUCCAGACUUUUCUUUUUCCAGGGAAGAUAUGGAAGAAUCGAAAAGUGCACAGCUGGAGGUGGAGCAUCCAGAUUUCUCUUUUUCCAGGCAAGAAGAAGAAACAGAAGAAUCAGAGAGUGCACAGCUGGAGAUGGAGCAUCCAGACUUUUCUUUUUCCAGGGAAGAUAUGGAGGAAUCAGAAAGUGCAAAGCUGGAGAUGGAGCAACCAGAUUUCUCAUAUACCAGAGAGGAAAUGCUAGAAUCAGAGAAAACAGAAGAAUCAGAGAGUGCACAGCUGGAGAUGGAGCAUCCAGACUUUUCUUUUUCCAGGGAAGAUAUGGAGGAAUCAGAAAGUGCAAAACUGGAGACAGAACAUCCAGAUCACCCAGAUUUCUCAUAUUCUAGAGAAGAAAUAGUAGAAUCAGAGAAUGCACAGCUGGAGAUGGAGCAUCCAGACUUUUCUUUUUCCAGGGAAAAAGUGGAAGAAUCGGAAAGUGCACAGCUGGAAAUGGAACAUCAGGAGGUCUUACUUUCCAGGGAAGAAACAGAAAAACAAAAGUCUGUUCCUCUUAAACUGGAGCAGCCAGAGUCUUAUUCUCCUGAAGAAGCCCAGCAAGAAGAAAUAGCACAGCUUGCACUGGUACCUUCAGAUUUAUCAUGUUUGGUGGAAGACGCAGAGAAAGAAAACACUACAGAACUCCAGUUGGUGCAUCUGGAUAUAUUUGAUUCCACCAGAAGAGCUGAGACACAGCAAACUGGAUAUCUGGAAACAGCACACUCAGAUUCACCAUAUCCCACAAAUAAAACAAAGCAGCAAGAAUUGGCACAAGCAGAUUUGGACCAUUCUCUUAUGUCGUAUUUUGGUGACAAAGGAGAACAGCUGCAGCCUGUACAGCAGGAUUCAAGGCCUGAAGGCAGCCUGUAUUCCUGUGCCAAAGGAGUGCAAGGAAAAGUUACUCAACUGCAGUCAGAGCAUCCAGUUUUGUCAUAUUCUACUGGAAAAGAACAUAAAACUUUACAGAUGAGGGCAGAACAGCCAGAGACAUCAUAUUCCACUGGCAGAACAGAACAACAGGAAAUACUGCAACCAAAGAUGGAACAAGCAGAUUCACCAUACUCACUCGGAGAAACAGUGCAAGAAGCUGUACAAAGAGACUUAGAAGGUCCAGAGCCAUCAUGUUUCAUUGGUGAAGCAGAGCAACAUAAAAAUGUACAACUAGCUUCAGAAAAUAGGGAUUUCUCAUUUACCACUGGAGAAGUAAUGCAAGAAGGAACAGAGCCAGGAUCUUUGGAGUCCUCACAUUCAAUUGACAGAGCAAAGCCCUGGGAAAUGGCACAAAUGGAGCAGUCGCAGUCACAGUCGCUUCCCUCCUCUUCCACUGCUGGUGGUCAGCAACAGGAAACACCACCAUUGGAUGUGGCCCAGCCAGAUAUAUCAUAUUCCUUUGGCAGAACGGAACAAGAUACAGUACAAAGAGAGCUGGAACAGCAGGAAACGGCCCAACAAAAAGCUAUGCAAAUAGAAAUGAAGUAUUCAGAUUUGUCAGAAGAGGGGAAAGAAGAGCCACAGGCCAUAGACCAAAUUAAUUUGGCACAGCAAGAAAUAGCUCAACCAGAGUUCAUGCAUCCGUCUUUGCCAUAUUCUUUCAAUGAACGAAUGCAAGAAGAAAUGCAAACAGAGCCAGCAUAUCCAGAAGAGACAUUUUAUGUAAGUACAGAAAUGCACGAGGCAAUGACACAACACAAAUCAGAGCAACCAUUCCUCUCAUGUUUUACUGGCAAAACAGAGCAACAAGAAAUAGUACAGCCAGAGCUGGAGCAAACAUUUUCGCCAUCUUCCAGUGGCAAAGAGGCUGCACUGGAAAUGGAAGUGAGUUCAGAAUAUCCAGAUCUGUCAUAUUUCUUUCAUGAAGCACAACAACAAAAAACGUUGAAACAUCCAACCUUACCAUUUUGUUUGAAGCAACAAGAAACUGCACCACUGGUGAUGGAACGUCCAGAUUUUUCAUGCGACAGUGGUGAAGCAAAGCCAGGUGAUAUCUUAGAGCAGGAGUCGGGACGUCCAGAGCUCUCAUGCUCCAUGGAAGAAACACAACAACAAUCAGAACAUUUGGAUUCACCAGGAGCCCUGGGUGAAGCAGCACAAGAUGAAAGUAUGGAAGUGGAAUCUAAAUACCCAAAUUCGUCAUGUUCUGGUGGCCAAAGAAACCAGCAAGAAACUUCACAAUUGGAUUCAAAAUACUCAGAUUUAACAUUUUCCUUUGGUAAAGGUAAAGAACAAGGAAGCCAAGAGUUUGAGUCUAAACAUCAAGAAUUGCCUAAAUUGGCCAGAAAAAGAGCUUCUCCAGCAACUGCACAAAUAGAGUCAAAACAUCCAGAUUUGACAUAUUCGUCUGGCAAAGCAAAUGAGCCGGAAAUUGCAACAUGGGAAAUGAAGCAUCCUGAUUUGUCACAUUCCACUGACAAGACAAACCAACAAGAAUUAGUACUGUUGGAUCAGAAACACAGAAAAAUUUCUGUUGGCAGAGAAAAGCAGCAGCAAACCACAAACCAGCAGUUAGAGCAAGAAAAGUUAUCACAUUCUCCUGGUAAAAUAGAGCGAUUAAAACAUGUGCAUACGGACUUGAAACAACCAGAUUUAUCAUUUUCUGUUGACAGGCCAGAUGAUGAAAUGGCCCCACCAGAGGCAGAGCACACUGAUGUGGUAUAUCCUCUGGACAAUGCAGAGAUGCGACAAAAAGUACAAGAAACAGAGCAAACCUACCCCCUUGGAAAAGCAGAACAGAAGAUGAUUCAGCCAGAAGUGGGAACUCCAUAUUUGGCCCAUUCUGUGGGUACGGCAGAAGAAGAAGAAGAAAUGGCAGAACUAGAGCAGGGACAUCCUGACUUGCCUUAUUCUGUUUUCAAAGCAGGAGAAGUACAAACUACACAGCUGAAACCCAAACACCCUGGUCUAGCAAGUUCCCUCAACAAACUGCAGGAAACGACCCAACUGGGGUUGGAACAGCCAGAUGUGUUGUACGUUCAUGACAAAAGAGAGCAACUCCCACCUGCGGAGCUGGAGCUGGGCCACACAGACUGGGCAUCCCCCACUGACAAAGUGUGGCAGCAAGGGAUGGAGCACACAACCUUGGGACACCCUAAUGGGGGACAGUCUGUCAGCAGAGCAGAGCAUCCACAAGCUGCAAAAGAGAAAUUAGGAGCUCCAGAUGCAUCAUCUCAUAGUGGAAAAGGGGAGCAAAGAGAAAUGGCAAAACCAGAGCCAAAGCAUCCUGAUUUAUCAUAUUCCAUCCAUAAAACACAAACACAAGAAGCUACACAACUGGUGUCAGGAAAAACAGAUCUGUUGUCUUGGCCUGGCAAAACAGAACAAGUACAAACUGCUCAAGAGGAGCAGGCAGGCUUCUCGCAUUCUUUCAAAAAAGCUGCACAAGGCAAGAAAUCACAGCCAGAAUUGGGACAUUCAGAGUUAUCUUAUUCUGUUAGUGAAGCAGAACAAGAAACUGCACAUGUGAAAUCAAACCAUUCAGAUUUAUCUGCUGACAGAUUAGAACACCGUGACGUCAUACAACCAGAGGCAAAAAUAAUGGAUUUAUCAUGUUCAAUUGGUGAAACACAGCAACCUCAAGUUGCUGAAGUGGAUUUGGACUAUCCGGAUUUAUUGCAUUCCACUGGCACAGUACAACAAGAAGAAAACAUUCAACCACAGCAGGAACAGCCAGCUUAUUUUUCAUCAUCUCUCGGCAAAGAAGAGCAUUGGGAAGGUGGAGGAAUGCAAGUAAAACACCCUGAGCUGCAGGGUGUUCUGGGGAAAACAGAAGGACUGCAAAAUUCCCAAGCUAAAUCAGAAUAUGCAGAUUUGUCAUUCUCUAUUGGCACAGCAGAAUCUCAUAAAACAACACAGCCAGAGUUGGAAGAACACAAUUUGUUGCGUUCUUUUGUCAAAACAAAGCCAUCAUGGGCUGCUCCACUGGAGUCUGAAUAUCCAGAUGUCUCGGAUGCCAUAGACAAAGUACCACACUUGAAUUUGUCCUCUUCUGUUAGUGAAGAAAAACAAAGUGCGCAACUAGAAGUCAAACAGGAGAGAGGAAGCUAUACAUUACAUCCAGAGGAAACAGUACAACUGAAAUUGGAACAGCCAAUGUUUUCAAGUUCUCAUGGCACAGCAGAGCAGCUAAGUAGAGCCCCACUGGAAGGGGAAUUCCUGGACUUCUUGUAUCCCUCUGGCAAAAAAGAGCAACAAGAAAUGGCAAAACAAGAGUUGGAGCAUUCAGAUUUAUCAUAUUCCACUGAUAAAACACCACAACAAGAAAUGACACAACUUGGUGUAGGACAACCAGGUUUAUCAUCUUGCCCUGGGAAGACAGAGCAACCACACACUGUUCAAGUGGAAGCAGAGCAUCAGGACUUGCUGCAUUUCACUGGCGAAAAAGAACAGCAAGGAACAGCACAACCAGAGGUUGAGCAUCCAGAUUUGUCAUAUUCCAGUGACAAAGUAGAGCAACCACUGGCUACACAACAGAAAUCAGAACAGCCUGUAAUACCCUAUCCCAUUGGAAAAACCGAAAAACAAGGAAUGGCACAUCCAGAGUGGAAACUUCCCAGUUUAUCAUAUUCCAUUUGUGAAACCCUGCCACAACAAGCAACACAAAUGGACUUAGGGCAACAAGAUUUAACAUACACUCUUGGUAAAACAGACGAAAUGCAAGCUGUGCAAGGUGAACUGGAACAUACAGGUUUGUUGUAUUCUUCUGGCAAAAGAGAACAAGAAAUGGUACUGCCAGAGUUGCGACAUCUGCAGCUGUCUUACCCUGUUAGAGAAAUAGAGGAGGAAGAUUCACAUCAGAAAUCAAACUACCCAGGUUUGUCACAUUCUGUUGAUCGACAAAAGCACAAUGAAAUUGAACAACCAGAGGUGGAAGAAAUGGAUUUAUCCUAUCCAGCUGGCAAAUCAGAGCACUCACAACCUGCCCAAGAAGUACUGCAACAGCCAGAGCUUCUGGAGUCCUUUAGCAAACUAGAGGAAAAAGGAAUGGCCCAGCCUGGCUUUUUGCACUCCUUUGGUGAAGAAGAGCAGAAACCAGCUUCACAGUUAGACUUAGUGCAACUAGAUAUAUCACAUUCACUUGGCAAAACAGAAAGCCAGGAAACUGCACAAGCAGGGUUCGAGCCUUCUGAUUUUUCGUAUUCCACAGGAAAAUCACAGCACUUGCAACCAGAACAACUAAAACCAAGACAUCCAGAUUUGUCAUAUUCUCUUGGCAAAGCACAGACUUGUGGAAUGAAACCACCAGAUUUAUUGUACUCCUAUGGCAAAGCAGAGCAACCACAGACUGACCAGCUGAAUCAUCCAGAGACAUCAUGUCGCACGGGUGAAACAGAAUGGAGGGAUGGGGCCCAACCUGAACUGCCGUGCAUUAAUUUGCAGUACUCUGUUGUUGAAACAGGGCAACCAGAAACACCUUCUGUAUCAUACACUUUUGGUGGGACCGAGGAGCAGGAAACUGCACAUCCAGGCUUUGAACAAUCAGAUUUAUUAAGUCCUACUGACAAAGCAGAAAAGCACGAAACAGCCCCGCUGAGAGCAGGACAUUCAGAGAAGAGAGAAACUGGGCCUACUUCAUCUUUAACUGCUCAGUUGGAAACUGGAAAACAAAAUUUAUCCUUUUCCACUGAAGAAGCAGAGAGCCAAAAAAUUCAACCAUAUUCAUCUCUUAGUGAACAAACAGUGUCUGUACCUUUGGGUGUUCCACAUUCUGUCUCUGAAACAAAACCAGAAGGAAGUCCAGCGUCUUCACCUGUAACUGGAGGCCUGUCCCCCGAGCACUUAGGUUUAUCUUACACCCACUGUAAAACAGAGCACUCAGAAACUGCCCAGCCUGAGUCAGGUUCCUUCUUUGCAGGAAAAGAAGCAGAUAAUACAAAAAAUCAUCUACAUUUGCCUGUGGCUGCACAGUCAGAGUCUGAACAUGUAAUUUUACCUGAAACAGAGAGAGAACAGACUCCACAUUACUUCCAUACAGCUACACAAUUAGAAUCUGAACAAUUGAAAUUAUCAUAUUCUACAGAAAAAGCAGAAACUCUAGAAAGUCAGGAUUAUUUCACUGUACCUUCAAAACUGGAGUCUGAACCUUCAGUUCCAUUUUAUUCAGCUGAUGAAACAUGUCAGCAAGAAAUUCUGCCUUAUUCAAAACGAGCCUCUGAGUAUUUGGUUCCCGCAUGGUCUCUUGCUGAACAAGAAAAGCAAAGCAUGAAGCCACUUAUUCCCCAGUCUGCACAAUCAGAGUGUAAGCAUGUAAUUCCACCACAUGAUGAAAGAGAAUUGCAAAAAAUUCAGCUCUGUUCACCUAAAACAGCAAGGUUGAAGACAGUGCCAUUGGAGAAUAUGCCUCUGACACACACAGAAGACCGAAGUGAGCAAGAAUCUCAAGAUCGUUUGUUGGACACAAAGUAUUUGUCAUCAGAGCAUCUCAGAAGUCCCCCCAAAUUCACUACUGAGCAGGAUAAGCAAGAAAUGCAACCUGAUGUGCAGACAGUGCCAAGGUGGGUAACCACAGAUUCAAAGGUGAUUGCUGUAGCAGACCAGCAAGCAGUGUCAUCAGAUUCAUUUGUACCUUUUCAUACACUACCUGAAAAGUCAGUAUCUGUGGCUUUCACUGAUGGUGAAGAGGAAAAAAAUAUUUCAUUAUCUUUAUCCAAUGUAGCAGGCAUGCUUGGAAAGCAAGGUAACAUAGUUUCAGGCAUUUAUACUGAAGGAAAGGAUAGAUGUGAAAUGCAGCAAUAUUUUGCAGACCAAAAACAUACAUCCUUAGAGCAUCUGGGAGCCAAUUCAUCAGAUCUUGUUUAUGAAACUGUGACACACAAACCUCAGCAUUAUUCUGAUGAACAGGGCAGCCUUUCUUCAGCAGAGAUUAAGUCUGUUAGCUCUGGUUCUGAUGAAAAGCAGAAUCCAAAUAUUCCAUCUUUUGGGCUAGCUAGCUGGCUGGCAGAAGAGGUGAAAGCUCGCUCAGUUAGUCCAAUAAGAGCUGCAGAAGUAGACAGGCAAGGAAUUCAGCUUUCUGAAAAUGAAGAUUCUGAUUUUGGAUCAAAACGAUUCCCAGCUGGAAGUUGCACAGAAUUUACAGUUCAUGCUGCUACAGAGAACAAAGAACAUAUGUUUAAAGUUUCUGAUUCAGUGCCAAGUGAAAUUUCACACAGAAUGUCCUCAGACACUAGUCACAGAAUGCAAAGGUAUGAUUUACUAUCUCUGGUAGGAGAUAAUCCAGGUCCAGACAAAGUUCCAGAGUGUGAAACUAGCAUUGGAAACCCUACAAAAAUAGAAGCAAUGCAACAUCCAGAGGUAGACAAAGUGUCUGAAGUGCCUGAACAUUACCUGAGAGAGGAAGAGGAAGAAAUGGAACAUGCAAGCUCUGUAGAAGAGAGUCAGCAUGCUCCAGAAACUACUGAACAAAAAGAUCUAUUUAAUAUAAUUUCAGAAGGUUAUGAAAUACUCAAUAUUCAUGCUCCUAUACAUAUUUCUUCUGUUGAUCAAGAAGAAAGUAAACACAUGCCAGACAAACUAGAAUACUUGGAAACAAAUCCUUCAUUUAAAAGAAAAUUAGCUGAUGACGGCGAUAGAGACCUAGCUUCUGGAACAACUGCAGAAAUUUCAGAAAGCUCAGUGUUGGAAAAGCCUGCACACCAUGAAGUAAAAGAAUUGGUCAAAAAUGAUGAUGUUGAGGAAACUGGAGAAACACAACAAGAAAAUCCUGUGUUGCCAGGAAACAAUAAUUAUGCAGUGUUGGAUCCUAAUAAUGGUACGGCCGAUAUGGAUUAUUUUGAAAAAUAUACAUUGAUUGAUGACAAAUCCCCGAUUAAGCCACAUUUUGAAAGACCAAGUUCAUUGUUUCCUGUGACAGAAGAUCCCAAUGCACCUGUGGAAGAAGCCACAUCUUUUAAAGAAAGCACUGAGGUAGAUACUUUGGAAGAAGAGUUUUCCUUACUUGAGGAUCUGGAUGAAGUCUUUUAUGGUACUGUGAAAGAGGAAAGCAAAAUGCAGUCCUACGCAGAUGCUCCAAAACCUUUACCUCUGCAGAAAUCAAUUGAUAGUAGCAGUAAAAAGGUUACAAAUGUGGAAGAUGAACGGAAGUCACCAGGGACCCCACUCUUUGAUUCAGAAGAAGGAGUGCUGGAACGAUCUCUGUUGUUCCCUACCACUGUUGCUCCAGUUAAUCCAGAGCUUCUAGAGGAGCCACCUGCUCUGUCAUUUCUAUACAAGGACCUCUAUGCAGAAGCAGUAGGAGAAAAGACAAAGGAUGAGACUCCCUCUGAUGAGGAAAGUGGUAAUUCUAAUGCAUCUUUGCCUAGUAGAAAUUCAGACACAGAUGAUGGAAUGGGAAUAUAUUUUGAAAAAUACAUUCUUAAAGAUGAAAUUCCAAGUAAGGCCAUAGGGCCUCAAAAGGAUCAGAUACCAGAGGAUGAGUCCUUUAGUGGAGGAAUUUCAUUUCAAAGACCAGAGGACAAACACAAGCAGUGGUCUGGUGAUGUUCAACGUGUCAGAACUGAGGUUCUGCCAGAAAGAGGUGUUGUGGAGAGCGAGAAAGUCCAAGUUGACAGUGACAUUCAAGCAACAAUUUGUAAACCAAUGCAUGCCAUUCCUUUUGGAAGCAAAGUAAUUCUUUCAGGUGCAAGAACUGAAACUGCUGAACAAAGAGAAGAAGAAAAUGUACCUGUAGAAACAACUGAGGAGUUACCAGAGCAAUCAAGUCAUCAAGCAUAUAGUCAACUAGUGGAUUAUCAGGGAGCUGCAUAUCAAGAAGCUGGUAAUAAGCAGGAAGAACAACAUGACAUAACAGCAGUUCCUCAAAUGGAAAAAUAUGUCCCAUAUGUCAGGGCUCCUGUUGAAGACAGUGAAGAUGAUCAGUAUAGUCAGGAAAAUCUUUCCAGUGUGCCUACCAUUCAGCAAACAGAGAAGCCACACUCGCAAAGAGAGGAGCAGCACCCUCAUGUUUAUGAAGAUUUUGCUGAGUCAAUGGACUAUGAUGUGAUUACACAAGAAGAACUUUUGCAAGAUGAAAUAUCAUCUCAAUUAACACACGAGGAGCUAUUAUUUGAAGACAGGGACUCUUUUGAGCAUGCUGGUGAUAGUUAUGAAUUUGUUAAUGAGCCAGAGCAAAGAACACCUGUUGAGCUUGAAGAUUCAGGCUUUGUGGUGAUGUAUCCUGAAAAAUCACCAAGAAACAUUCCUCAAGUAGAGAGCCCACAAAGAGAACUGAAGAAAGCACAAGCAGACACAUAUUGUUACCACUGCAAAUGCCCAAUAUCUGCUAUUGACAAGCUUUUUGGAGAACAUAAAGACCAUGAAGUCACAACACUAGAUGAUGCUGCAACCAAGAUGAAGGAUCAUUUAAGUGAAUUGCUAAUAGCAGUAGAAGAAAAGUCAAUGAAGAUUGAAGAGUUUGUGAGUGAUAUUGAAUCGUUAUUUAACUCUGUUGAGGAAAACUGUAAGAAAAAUGCGGAGUUAUUGGAAAAGCAGAAUGAGGAGAUGCUUAAGAAAGUGGUGGCACAAUAUGAUGAGAAAUCAGAGAACUUUGAGGAAGUGAAGAAGAUGAAAAUGGAGUACCUGUAUGAGCAGAUGGUUAACUUCCAGCAAACCGUUGAUUCAGCAAAGGAAAUUUUGGAGGCAACGGUAAAAGAAAUGGAAGAGCUUGAUGGAUUUGUUUUCCUAAGUUCAUCUAAAGAAUUGAAUAAAAGGUUACUUUCUGCAAUGGAUACUACCCUGUCUUUAGAAAAGGUGCCCAGUGCUUUUUCACUGUUUGAGCACUAUGCGGACAGUCCGGGACAAAGCAACCAGCACUCAUUAAAACAUGUGGCUGUCCCACAGACACCGACAGUUGUGCCUCAGGAACCAAACUCGGCGACCAGCACCUCCAUUGCCAUCUACUGGGCUGUGAACGACGGGGAUGCCAUCGACUGCUUCCAGGUCUACUGUAUGGAGGAGCCUCAAGCCAGCAAAGAUGCAGCAGCUUUGGUGGAAGAGUACAGAGUGACGGUGAAGGAGAGCCACUGCAUUUUGGAGGACCUGGAGCCAGAUCGCUGCUAUAGUGUGUGGGUCAUGGCUGUGAAUGGCACAGGCUGCAGCUUACCCAGUGAAAAAGCCAUUUUUAAAACGGCGCCCGCUGUCCCCACCAUCAAGGCCGAGGACUGCACGGUGUGUUGGGACACGGCCACUGUCCGCUGGCGCGCUGGCUCAGCAUCGGCGGAGUCCUUCACCCUGGAGUACUGCCGACAGCACUCGCCAGAAGGAGAGGGUCUCAGAUCUUUUGCUGAUAUAAAGAGACCUGAACUGAAAGUAUCCCUGGAGCCCAAUGUGAACUAUUUCUUCUACUUGAGGGCUGUCAACCCAUUUGGGACAAGUGAACAAAGUGAAGCAGCUCUCAUCUCAACUAAAGGAACUCGAUUUCGCCUGCUGACUGACACAGCCCAUCCUGCUUUGCAGAUCCUCUCCAAUGCAUCAGUAAUCCGCCUUCCUGAGAAAACCAAAUUCACUGGGUUUCCUUCAGUCCUGGGUGAACUGCUGCCUGCUCGGGGACAUCAUUACUGGGAAAUCGUUGUCUCUGCCUGCAGAAACUACAGGAUUGGGAUUUGCUAUGAGGCAACAUCACAGACCAGCAUCCUGGGGCUGAGUGAUACCUCCUGGUGCAUGUGGUGCUGUCCUACACAAACCAGCUUGCUUUACAGAUUUCUUCACACUGGUGUGAUGAGCGAUGUCCAUGUGACGGAACACCCAGCCAGGAUUGGCAUCCUGUUGGAUUACAGUGGUGGCAGACUGUUGUUCUUCAAUGCAGAGAGAGGACUGGUGCUGUUCGCCAUCAGGCACAAAUUCACUGAUGCUGCUCACCCAGCCUUUGCCCUGGAGAAGGCUGGAGUGCUUGCCCUGCGCACGGGAAUGGAACUGCCGGAGUUCGUGAAGCACAGCUAAUCCCCUGCUUCACACUUUCAGGAAAACUGACAAUUAAAGCAUCAGGGGACAGGGAGGGGAAGAGGGGUGCAAGGGAGAGACAUCUAGUCUUCACCGAUGAAUGCUGCACGCACAGCUCUCCCUCACAUCAUCAGUAAUCGUAGUUAGUGCUCAGCCACAUAAUCACCCUAAGCCUGGAGAGAAAAUUGAAUCCUUCAGAUGGAGCGUGCACCUAGUGAUAUACACAGCAGUACUUUUGAGCGGAAAACAAGUUUUGUUAGAUAUGAACAUUAAGGUGGGGGGGAGAAAAUGUACUUUCCCUGUGAAAAUAAUGAUAGUGCUAGCUGUCUUUUUAAAGUUGAUGAUCAGCCUGUGUAUGAAAUAAAUGCAUUUCUCACUGCA